CCAGUCUCAUCCAAGUGUCCCUUAUAUAUACUUUUUUUUUCUUUUCAGAAGACCUGAAACACCACCAUGUCAGAUAAACCCAUCCUCCACUACGUUAAUGGAAGGGGCAGAAUGGAAUCCAUCCGAUGGCUUUUAGCCGCAGCUGGAGUGGAGUUUGAGGAAAAAAUAUUUGACACAAAAGAACAAUUACAAAAGCUAAGGGAAGGAAACAUGUUGCUGUUCCAACAAGUGCCAAUGGUUGAAAUCGAUGGGAUGAAACUAGUUCAGACAAGAGCAAUUCUCCACUACGUUGCUGAGAAAUACAAUCUUCUUGGGAAGACCGCGAAGGACAGAGCUCUGAUUAUUAUGUAUACAGAAGGAACGAUGGAUCUGAUGGAACUGAUCAUACUCUAUCCCUUCUUAAAACCAGAAGAGCAAAAACAAAGACUUCUUGAAAUUGCCAACAAAGCCAAAACCAGAUAUUUUGCUGCUUAUGAAAAGGUUUUAGGGGCUCAUGGACAAAACUUUCUUGUCGGUAACCAGAUGAGUUUGGCGGAUGUGCAACUGAUUGAAGCCAUUUUAAUGGUGGAAGAGAAAGUCCCCAAUGCGCUCUCUGGAUUUCCUUUGCUCCAGGCAUUCAAAACUCGAAUGACUAAUAUCCCCAAUAUUAAGAAAUUCCUGUCCCCUGGAAGCAAGAGAAAGCCUGUGCCUGAUGCUAAUUACGUGGAAAUGGUGUAUAAGAUCUUCUUUUAGUAAAAUGGCAAAUUGGCCGAUGUAAGAUAGAGAUUCUGCAUGUUUUAGAGCUCUUGAUGCCAGACACCAAUCAUGCCACUUCUGAUUCUCUGUGAUUCUUGCCUAGGUAGAGCUGUUGCCCAAAGGAGCAUUGCAGAGGAAGCCAACAUGCCCAGGAAUGGGGUUAGAGGGAAAGGGAAAGGCUCUCUCUCCAUUUACAGUCUUUUCUUUUUUUUCAAUAAUUGAAGGAUUAGAAUGUCCUUUCUGAAAACUUGGCUUUGAGUCAAACACUGAUCUAGGUGAAUAAAACCAUUGAUUGCUUGGCCUUUGGGGUAACUCUACCUUCUCUUUCUCUAAACCCUCUGGGAUUCCUCUCUUUCACUCCCUAAGCUUCCGGAAUGUGCCUCACUCUCCCCCUCUGUUCCCUAACCAUCACCUUCCAGAUGUGGCCUUGGGAGAGAGGACUUCCUCUACCAUGCCCUCGGAUGGAAAAUGUCCUUUUCUAAUAGAUUUCUCCUUAAUAAUAAUAAAAUACCACUUGCUAUCUGGUGGAUCCACUCAGUUGAGUCGAAGUCUCUCCCUCAUCCUUUAAUUUCUCUCCAUUGACCUUAAUUUCUCUUUGCUUGGCUUAAUUAAAGGAGAUGGUUUAAGAUAGUAGAUGAAAUAACAAGGGACUUUUAAAAGGAAUUCUAAACUGGUCUGCAUUAUCUCUAAUUCUGUAAGCUCCAUGAAGAUGGGGAUCGUACCUUAUCUAAACUGUCCCCCAACACCUAAGACUUCAAGUGCUUGCUGAAUAAAUGAAUUUUGUACCAUAAUUUGUGUGCUGAAUAUAACAUUCCAAGUUGGGUUUCUCUGAUUGUUGGGGCCUAAUGAACAGCAAAAUGUUAAUUAACACACUAGCCUAAGUCACAAUCUCCUGUAUCAUAACAAAUAAAACAGAUAUGUACUCAAAUAAAGGCUUUUAAUACA